AUGCAAAAGGUGAGGUUUUCCUGGGAAAACGUCUGGAUGAGGGCAAUGGCUGAGGCCCAGAGCUGUGAAAUGAGUGUGUCUUUGUCAUGGCAACAACAAGGUGGAGUUUCAAGGCUGACCUGUGGACAGCAGCUGAGGGCGUCCUCCCACCCUCCUACCCCAAUUCAACAGGGGCGGAACUUUAAUCGAACCUGUGAACUGAACCGGCAUGAUGGUUUCAAUGCCGAGAACGGUAACCACAGGCGUCAUGCCCAUCGUUUCUGGCCAAAAAUUCUCUGCAAUAUAGUAGCACCAUGCGACUAG